AUGUCCGAUGAUAACAAAAACUUACCUGGUACAACUGUUCUGCUCGAAAUCCAAGCUCAACAACGGGAUCCUAGUGCCGUCAACAAUCUUAAUAUUCAAAAGACAAGACAAAGUUCAAUAACUUCUCCAUCCAUAUGGAAUUUUUGGAGACCUUCCUCAGUAUCUGAUCUGGAUCAUAAAAUAAAUAUUAAUCCCCCUGUUAUUGAUAACACUACCAACAAAACAAUUGAAUCUACAAGUUCUAUAUCUUCAACUCGGUCUAUGAUAUUAGAUGAUAAUGUUGUGUGUGAAGAAUCGUCAGUUGCUAUUUUAUCAUCAAAACAGAAAAAUAAUAAUAAUAAUAAUAAUAAUAAAAGAACCUGGUCUUUGUGGUCACUUAAACAAAAGAAUCCGGAGAUAUCUGAUGUAUCGUCUAAAGGUAAAGAAGAAAAUAAUGUUGAUGAAAGUGAUAAUAGUACUGCUGAUUCUGUUUCCAAAAUAGCCACAGCAGAUUCCUCGGUAAACUUGAGCAAAAUUAAUCCCAAUGAAUCUUCUUUGAAUUUAAUUAAUGAGUUAAUACUACAAGAUUUUAUUACAACAGACAUCCAACCACAGAAUCCAAAACAUGAACAUCGUUCAAAUACCGACAUUUCCACAAAUACAUCCGUCAAUACUGCUAUAAAGAAUGGUGUAGACCAACAAUUAUUGGAUGAUUCAAACAAGAAUACACCAACGAAGAACAAUACAACUGCUAAUACUGACGAGGUUGUUAUAGACCCUGAUGAAUCCAUUAAUGUUCAAGAUAAGAACAUCGUAGCACCGCAGUUUGACACCUUGCCAGCAAAACCUAUUCUAUCCCUAAUUUAUGAUUUUAUUUUUCCUGGAAAUUUUACCCAAUUCUCUGGAAUUCGUAAUAUAUUAUCCUUAUCUAUGCCGGUAUCUACACCAACGUUAACUUAUAACACUUCUGCAAACAAUGGUAUCAGUCUGAAUCAAUCCCCUGUACCUUAUAAUUCCACUGUUUUGAACACCCCUGACAAAUCCAAGGCGGAAAAGCAUUUAUACAGAAAUCAUCACUACACAGAUAUUAUGAACCCACCGCCUAAAAGGAUCAUGUUAAUUGGGGUACAUGGGUUUUUCCCACAUAAAAAUGUGCGUAAACUUUUGGGGAAUCCGACAGGUACCUCUACGAAAUUCAUUACAGAAGCUGAGUUUUCGAUAAGAAAAUAUUAUAAGGGCCAAAAAUUGCACAUUGACAAAAUUGCGUUGGAAAGGGAAGGAAUGGUUUUUGACAGAGUAAAUUUUUUUUAUGAUAUUUUAACAAAAUACAAAGAAGAAUUAAAUAGUGCUGACUUGAUUUACUUUGUUUCCCAUUCCCAAGGGUGUCCUGUCAGUAUCAUUUUGUUGGGUCGUUUAAUUGAAGACGGAGUUAUAAUACCGGAUCCUAGCUUUAAAAGAAAAAUCGGGAUCUUAGCAAUGGCAGGGAUUAAUAAUGGACCGCUGUAUGCAAUGGACAAGACGUGGUUUGCAAAAAUCUACUUUAAAUUUGAAAAUGAAAUGUCCAAAGAAUUAUUUUCAUUUCAAGAUUUCAAUUCAAUACAAAGUAGAAAAUAUAUGACAAAUUUAAGAAUCAUUAUUUCGUGUAACGUUAAGAUCUGCUUCAUUGGCUCCAUAACCGACCAAUUAGUGCCGUUGUACAGUUCUUCAUGUUCCUUUGCAUUUCAUCCAAAUAUUUUUAGAUCCACAUUUAUCGAUAAGGAUUCAGAAACACCCAAGUUUUUAAUAAAGGUUGUUGAAACUGCCAAUAUAUUAACUAACUUGGGGUUAAAUGAUCAUGGGAUCAUCAAGGAAAUAAGUAAAACGUUAGUUGGGCCAUUAACAGGGGGGGGUCAUUCUAAGAUUUAUUUUGAACAUCAAGUAUAUCAAAUGGGAUUUCAAUUUGCUUGGGAAACAUCUCAUUUAAAUGAACAACAACCGGUUAUUUUCAAACCUUAUAAAGUUAGCGAAAUAGGAACACAUUUAACUAGGUUACCUUGGUGUAUGAGAGGCUUUUUAAAUGAAACUAAAAAUCAUUUGGGAAAGCAAGUUGUAGAUGAAAUGUUUACAGAAUUACAUAACUGGUAUCCAAAGGAUGAAGAGUUGAUUAGGAUUAAAGAUACUUUGCAGGGCAUGUUACAGAAUAUAUAA